ACUUUACUAGGGACAGUGAAGCCAUCACCACAGUACGUGAGUUGCAGAGUUCUGUUGAUAAUAAACGGUACUGCGGAAAGAAGACCCACAACAUUAUGUUUUAAUUGCUAGCUAGAAGAAUAAGCUGGAAAUACGUUAUUUCUGGGAUAAACAACAGAGCUAGUUUGCUGGCAUGUACUUUGGUCAGAUUUUACGGACGGCGUUUGUCGGGUCCAGAGCAGGUCACUUCAGCCGGUGGCUCCGAGUCUGUCAUGUCGAGGUAUCUGCUCUAAAAAUCAGCCUUCUUUUCGUUUUCACAGGCCUUUUUAUUUUUAUAACUACCGCAGAACAGUUGGUCGACUGUCCUAACCGUAGUGGUGGGCUGUCUGCGGUCUCCCACCACCAACAGAGACACCUGUGCACCAAAAGUGACGAGGUCAGGUUGGCAGAGGAGGCCAGCAGGAGGUACGGCUCUCCUGCUCCGACCAUCUUCUCUAAAGUGAUUGACAAGAGCAUCCCUGCAGACAUUAUAUAUGAAGACGACAAGUGUUUGGCUUUCAGGGAUAUCAGUCCACAGGCCCCUGUUCAUUUUCUGGUCAUUCCAAGGAUCCCAAUACCCAGGAUAAGUGAGGCCAAAGAUGAUGAUGCCGAGCUUUUGGGACAUUUGUUGGUUGUUGCCAAAAAUGUAGCAAAGAAAGAGUUCUUAAAGGAAGGAUACAGAGUGGUGAUUAACGAUGGCAAACACGGUGCUCAGUCUGUUUACCACCUUCACAUCCAUGUUUUGGGGGGAAGACAGAUGAGUUGGCCGCCAGGAUAAUGGUUUUAUCAGUCUGUCUUUUCUAUGCUCUCAGUUCAUGAAUAUGAAAUCAAACAUGGUGGGCAUGAUUUAUCUAAAGCAACAUAAUGUCAACUAGUAUUUCGUACAAAAAAAAAAAAUCACCUCACAACACAAUGUCAAGUGUAAAUAUGUUGAUCUUGACAAGUAUAACUAAAAAAUUGCAACUGAAGUAAUUAUGUUUGAUAAAUAUGCAAAUAAAGAUGAAAGUUUUUAAUUC